ACGCUUCUCGGCUGAAAAAGAAAACUUCAGUUCACAGAGAAAUUCAAUGGGAAGGUGAAGGCAAGCCAUGAAGCUCCGGUGAAAAGUGCUCAGAGAGUUUGGAAUAAACCCACUGGAGUCUGCAGGGUCCCGUCGUUUUACGUGUUUUGGUCGAAAACUAUUCAUUGAGCACAAGAUGAUGUCCGACGCCAGCGAGAUGUUGGCUGCAGCCUUGGAGCAAAUGGAUGGGAUCAUAGCAGGCUCCAAGGCCAUGGACUACUCCAAUGGGCUGUUUGACUGCCAGUCACCCACAUCUCCUUUUCUGGGUGGCCUUCGGGUGCUGCACCUACUGGAGGACUUGCGAGCAGCACUGGAGCUCAUGGACAACGAGGAGAGGGACAACCUGCGAUGUCAGAUCCCAGAUUCCACUGCAGAGGGACUGGCAGAGUGGCUGCAUGGACGAAUGACUAACGUUCACAGUGCAGAGGUGGUGUACCAGGAGCGCUUGUCACGUCUGGAGAGUGACAAAGAAUGUCUUAUUCUUCAGGUAAGUGUUUUAACGGACCAGGUGGAAGUGCAAGGCGAAAAGAUUCGGGAUCUAGACAAAUGUCUUGAGCAUCAUCGGGAGAAACUGAAUUCUACUGAGCAGCUGCUUCAACAGGAGCUGCUGAACCGGUCAGCACUGGAGACCCAGAAGCUGGAGCUGAUGACUGAGGUGUCCAGCCUGAAGCUGAAGCUAACUGCUGUGGAGCGAGAUCACAAGGACAAUGAGGGCUUGUAUCAGGAAGUAACAGACCUACGGUUCAGGGUGACUGACAUAGAGAAUGAAAGACUGCAGUGUGAGAAGAAACUCAAAACAACCAAAGAGGAGCUGCAGCUUCUGCAGAAGCAGCUGGAGGAGAGGGAGAUGGAGCUGAGGAGGCUGAAGGAUGACAGCAGACUGAGAGUGGAGAGCCACAACAGAGCCGAGGGAGGAGAAAGAGAUGCCGAGAUGUUGAAGAUGAAGAAGGUGUUGGAAUCACUGACAUCAGAAAACGACGACAAGGAAAGAAGGAUUAAAGAGCUGGAGGAGUCGCUUAUUAAGUGCAAGAAGGUGCAGGAGAUGGUCAAAGAGAAAUGGAAGGAAGAUGACUACGAUGAUAUCCCAGAUGAUCCCUCGGUUGCUGUCUCCAUGGAGGUGGAUCAGGUGACCCUGGAGUUGGAGGGGGAGGCAGGAAGGAGCUCCGGUGAGUCUAUUCCUUGCAUAGCAGUGCUCUCAGAGAUGAAUGACCUGGACAGAGAGCGACAGUUACAGGCUGCCAAAAGUUCCUUAGGUGUUGUACAGCCAGGAAACUCAGCUGUAACCAGCAGCUUUGACCAGGCCAAAAAUAAAGCAGGACCUGGUUCCUCCACCCCUUCUAAGGGAAAAAACACAAGUGAGGACAGUUUUGGUACAAAGAAGGCCCGCUCGUCUUUUGGCCGUGGUUUCUUUAAGCUGCGUGGAGGCAGACAGGCAGCCAGCUCCCCCAACCUUGCAGAGACCGAACGUAAAGGCACAGAGCACCUCGACUUGGCUGGCGUUCCUCCUCGAAAACCUCACGAUGGAGCUGCUCUGCCAUCCUCCCCAGAAACCAAAAAGAAGUCCAGGGGGUUGAAGAAGUUUUUUGGCAGGCUGAAGAGGAGCCACUCCACCUCCUUCAACCUGGAUGAUGCAGCUGACAUGGAGUUCAGGAGGGGUGGAGUUAGAGCCACGGCUGGACCUCGACUCGGCUGGUCGCAUGAACUGAAGCACAAUGGCGUCGAUGUUCCUUUCUCACGGUGGAGUAAAGACGACGUAUGUGUGUGGCUCCAUGAGCAGGGCCUGGGGUUGUAUGUUGCCCAGGGCCAGAGCUGGAUCAAAUCAGGACAAACGUUGCUGCAGGCGUCACAGCACGAUCUGGAGAAGGAGUUGGGCAUGAAGCAGCCUCUCCACAGGAAGAAGCUGCAGCUGGCCCUGCAGGCUCUCGGGUCAGAGGAGGAGGAUCUGAAGGGCAAAUUGGACCACGACUGGGUGAACAGAUGGCUUGAUGACAUCGGCCUCCCGCAGUACAAAAGUCACUUUGAUGAGGCUCGUGUUGAUGGACGCAUGCUGCACUACAUGACAGUGGAGGACCUGCUGUCUCUGAAGGUCGGCAGCGUUCUCCAUCACCUCAGCAUCAAAAGAGCCAUUCAGGUCCUCCGACUCAACUUCUAUGAACCCAGCUGUCUCAGACGACGACCUUCUGAUGAGAAUAAUGUCACACCGGCUGAGAUCUCCCAGUGGACCAACCACAGAGUGAUGGAGUGGCUGCGCUCUGUGGAUCUGGCAGAAUAUGCCCCCAACCUGAGGGGCAGUGGGGUUCAUGGAGGGCUGAUGGUGCUGGAGCCUCGUUUCAAUGUGGAAGCGCUCGCCCUUCUGCUCAACAUUCCUCCCAACAAAACCCUGCUGAGACGCCACCUGGCCACACAUUUCCACCUGCUCAUCGGCUCCGAGGCUCAGCGGCUCAAACAGGACUGUCUGGAAAACCCAGACUACAGCGUCCUCACAGCCACUGCCAAGGUCAAGCCCAGACGCCUGUCAUUCGGUGGUUUUGGCACUCUGAGGAAGAAGCGUCAUGAUGAUGGCGAGGAGUACGUCUGCCCCAUGAAUGUGGAAAUGCCCAAAAACAGCAGCUUCCAGAGGAGCGUUCGGAUCUAUGAGGAGAACUUCGACCAUCUGGAACAGAUGGAAGACUCUGAAGGAACUGUGAGACAGAUAGGAGCGUUUUCUGAGGGAAUCAACAAUCUGACGAGCAUGUUGAAGGACGAUGAGUUUUUCCGGGAGAUCUCUGUUUGCCCUCCAGAGGACGACACGGCAGAAAUGCACAGUAACCCCAACAUCUGACAAUAUUUCAUCAUUCACGCACGCAGCCGUAGUUUCCAUGACCAUAUAUAUUUAUUGAAGUUGUCCAAAACAUAUUGCAUGAACUGAAAAUGCAAACAUUUUGUAGCAUUAAUGUACCCCUUUCUGCAUUUAGUUUAUUAUUCAAGCAUUUAUGUUUUUUAUUCAGUAAUCAGUGAGUGAAGCUUUGAGCGUUUCUCCCCUUAUUUAGGGACUCAGCUGUAGUCAGAUUCAUGUUUGUGGUACGAGAAGUUACAUCGUUCCCUUCAACAUUAAUUCAUUACAAUAAAAUUUACUUCUAGUGGAUCCGAGCUACAGAGGUAGAUAGGAUUGUACUUUUGCAGGUUGGGAAGUUUCUGGAUCAAAAAUGUUCAUGUCUUCUUGUUAAUACAUUAGUUUUGAGUUCUUUUGUUCAGACAUAGAAUGAUUAGCUGUUGAUUACUUUAUUGACAGUUUCAGCAAAAGCUCUUGCCUUCAUCAGAAGUGUCUCUAAUCAUUCUAUGUCUGAACAAAAGAACUCAAAACUAAUGUAUUGGGAAGUUUCUUUCAUUGCUCCAAUAUGAUGGAGGUGUGUGGUUCAUCUUUCCACAAAGUGUCCUUUGCAGUUUAAUUUGUGGUGGAGACAGAAAUUUUAAAACCUGCACCAGUAAAACCAUAAUUAUCUAUGGAGCAAGACUUCACUAGAAGGGAGAAGUAGAACUGUGUUUAUAUUCUUAAUGACAAUUACAUGAUCCAAAUAUACCACUCCUGUCUACAUCAUAGUCCAUGCUGUUGUGAGUAUUUGGACUUUAUGUGCUGUUGUUUCUAUACGACUGCAUUGUGUUUCUUUGUGUACUUCAAACAAUGGUGAGAGAAGGCAUCAGUAAUGACUGAGACUAUACAUGGAUCAGUAGAGCAGUGAAAACAGCACUCAAGCUUGCUUUAUGGUCAGGCCACAUAAAAUUACAGCUGUUUUGUUCCACUUUAGGAAUCUAACUUUGAAGUUAGAGGUGCGCCCCAGAUUCCAACCUGACUUAUCUGCACUGAAUCUAUUGUAAUCUACUGAAUUAGGUUGUAUCCUUCAGCUUAACCUGAUUGGUAGUAAUAUGUUGCAUAUACACAGCUUAUUGAUUUGGACAAAAACAAGACUCAGUAUUGUACCGAUUCAUGUAUAGACUCAGUCAUUUUCAAAAUCUUUUUCAAAAUCUUCUCUGCCCUGCAGUAAUUUUAGUAAAAGUAACUGUUGUUCAAAAUUGACCCGUUUUAAAGUUUGGAAAAAAAGGGAGGGUUAAUUCACUCCAAUAUGAUCUGCUCCACCUCAGUCGCCAUUAUUUGAAGUACACAAAAACACUCAACACAGAAACGCACAAGUGCAAAUACUCACAGCAGUGUUUUACAUGUGGCAGAUUCAACAUAGGAGCAUAAAUACAGCUUCAGAGGGAAUUCAGUUUCUUUGAAGUUGGACUGCAUGAUGUACAGUUGGUGUAUUACUGACUGUCGAUACACCUCCAGUUUGAAGAAGCAGACAGGAGGACCAGCAUAUGUACUUGUAAUAUACAUGUUUGCUGUUAUCACUCUACUCAGAUCCACCACACUGUGCUGACAGAAACUGAGUGUUGCUUAGUGUUUAAACACGUUAGUUAAAUUCCAAACUAAUGGGUCAACAUCCCAGCAACUGCCUUGUUCUGCGAGUUUAGAAUGACUUUCUGUCAACACAGUGUGGUGGAUCUGAAGAGAGCAACGCACCAAUUCAGUUUCCUGUUAGCAGAGAAAUAUUCUACACAUUAUUCACUGAAAACUGCCAUUCUUUUUUUUUAAGCCACUAAAUUACACAUGGCUACUUAAAUUGUCCACUGCUGGUCCUCCUGUCUGCAUGCCUGCAGUGCUGUGGCACGUCAAAGAAACCAAACUGUCCUGUUCAAAUGUGAAGUUACAGCCAGGAGGUGAUUAGCUUAGCAUGAAGACUAGAAACAGGGUGAAGUGCUGCCAUGUCUCCAUCCCAAGUCAAAAAAAUCCACCUGUAAAAUAGGGCUGGACCAAGUAUCUGAAUAUGAAUUUUCAUCAUUAAUUGGGGCAGCCCUACAUGUUACAUCUAAUUUGUUUAAUACAAACAUGGUUCACCAAUAACUCUACCUAAAAUCACAGCAUGUACAUCUUUGGUCUUGCACAGCUUCAAUAAAUGAGGUUUAACAUGUUGAUGGAGUCAAGCUAGCAGCUUCUUCCUGUCUACAGUCUUUAUGCUAAGCUAACUAUCCCUGAUUCUAGUGUCAUACUAAAACAUUAGCAUUGUUUCUAGAAUGUCCAACUAUUCUGUCAACAUAAACAUGGAAACCAAAAGUUUUUACAAUGAAAUCUGUUUUCAUGAAUACCAAUUGUGUUUUGUUCUGUUGUGUUUUUGAUUUUUUUGGUAAUAAAAAUGAGACAAAGAAAAA